AUGGCAGUAUUAUCUCAGGGGAAGAGGAACAGAGAGCAAGAUGGGUGCAAUGCUUCAUGGAAACACUCAACAGACUCGCAGCGUCUGUUCCACCAGAUAUUUCACCGCCUACAAAACUCCUCGACAUUAACACUGACCCCCAUUACAAAGAAUGAGAUUACCAAGGCCAUCAAUUCUCUUAAGACGGGCAAAGCAGCGGGCCCUGACGGUAUACCACCUGAAGCACUGAAGGUAGACAUUCACACUUCAAAUGGCAUGCAGCACCGACUCCUGCACAAUAUCUGGGAGCAAGAAAGAGUGAAGAGUGGAAGAAAGGGCACUUUGACGUCCGGACGUUCCCAUUUUCCCGAAGCGCUUGCAACUCCAUCUAAUGUGACCAUCACCAUCGCAUUCCCAGCAGCUAACUACACUUCUGCCUCUAUUAACUAUCUACUUAGGUCGUCUAUGGCUUCCUACCUGGCUAUACCUAUUUCUAUCUCAAUCAUUGUUACAAGACAUUUUGUUUCUCGCUCUGUUCGGUCAAUCAUUGUUAUGGAACAUUUUUUUCCUUGCUCUCAUUUACCAAUCAUUGUUACAGAACAUUUUUCUUGCUCACUUCUUUCAAUCAUUCCUAUAAGACAUUUCGUUUCUUUCUCACCUCGAUCAAUCACUCUUACGAGACAUUUUGAAAAAUUUCCUAAUGCACAAACCCUCUCUCUCUCUCUCUCUCGCUCUCUCUCUCUCUCUCUCUCUCUCUCUCUCUCUCUCUCUCUCUCUCUCUCUCUCUUUAACUUUCUCCAUCUCUUUCUCACUCACUUUUUCUUUCUCUCGUUCUCAUAUGCCCCCCUCUCUCUCUCUCUCUCCCUUAAGAAGCACAAACCCUCUCUCUCUCUCUCCCUUUACCUCUCUCUUUCUUACUCUUACUCUUUCUCUCUCUCACUCUCUUUCCCUUUAACUCUCUCUUUCUUACUCUCUCUCUCUUUCCCUUUACCUCUCUCUUUCUUACUCUUACUCUUUCUCUCUCUCACUCUCUUUCCAUUUAUAUCUCUCUUUCUUACUCUCUCUCUCUCUUUCCCUUUAUCUCUCUCUUUCUUACUCUUACUCUUUCUCUCUCUCUCUCUCUCUUUCCUUUUUUUCUUUCUUUUCUCUCUCUCUUUCCUUUACUCUCUCUCUCUUUCCUUCUUUCUCUUUCUAUCUCUCCUCUCUUUCCCUUUACCUCUCUCUUUCUUUCCUCUUUCUAUUUCUCUCUCUCUUUCCCUUUACUUUUUCUUACUCUUACUCUCUUUCCCUUUACCUCUCUUUCUUACCUCUCCUCCUUUACCUCUCUCUUUCUUACUCUUACUCUUUCUUUCUCUCUCACUCUCUUUCCCUUUACCUCUCUCUUUCUUACUCUCUUUCUAUUUCUCUCACUCUCUUUCCCUUUACCACUCUCUUUCCCUUUACCACUCUCUUUCUUACUCUCUCUCUCUCUUUCCCUUUACCUCUCUCUCUCUCUCUCUCUCAAACUACAGGAUGCCGUAA